AUGAACUGCAGCAAAAACCCUGCCUUUGUCCUCUCAGGACUUUCCAGUGACCCAGACAAGCCACAGCUCCUUUUUGGUCUCUUCCUGGCCCUCUACUUGCUGCAUCUCUUAGGAAACUUGCUACUGCUGCUGGCUAUUGGUGCUGACAUCCACCUCCACACCCCCAUGUACUUCUUCCUCAGCCAGCUCUCCCUGGUCAAUCUCUGCUUCACUACCACCACAGCCCCCAAAAUGCUGGAGACUUUGUGGACCAGCAACAGAUCGACCUCCUUCUCUGAGUGUCUGGCCCAAUUAAAUUUCUUUGCAGUUUUUGCUGAUAUGGACAAUUACCGGGACAAUCUGCUUUUGACAGCCACAACUAUCAGCCGCUAUGCUGCCAUGUGCCAUCCCCUGCACUACCCACUCCUAAUGAUUCCUUGCAGAUGUGCACUGCUGGUGGGUGGGUCAUGGGGAGUGGCCCACUCUGUUUCUCUUGUCCAUGCCCUGUUGCUAUCCCAGUUCUCAUUCUAUAAUAAUCAAGAAAUUCCCCACUUUUUCUGUGCUUUUGGACCACUCUUUAGACUUUCCUGCUCUGAUACCCACCUCAGUGAGGACCUGAUGAUGGUUCUGACAGGACUCUUAGGAAUUGUUCCUCUCCUCUGCAUCAUAAGCUCCUAUGCCCAUAUUUUCCUUGCUGUAGCUCAGGAUCCAUCAGCACAGGGCAAACAGAAAUUCCUGGCCACAUGCAGCUCCCACCUCUCCACUGUCAUCCUCUUCUACAGCUCAGUCUUUGCCACCUACCUGAAGUCCCCGUCAGCUUCUCAUGCCUCUGGGGAGCUGGUGCUGCUAUCAUGUAUGCCCUGGUAA